AUGGCUGUGCUUAGAAUAUUCCGAUGUCAUCAGCUGAUCCUUCUUCUUUUCUUCGUUUUCCUGAAUAAAGGUGCGUCGGGAAUCAGCUGUUACAUGUGCUCCUCGAAGAACGGCAGCGACACCAACUGCGACGACCCGUACCACCCCGCCCACUCCAAGUACGCCGAGAACUGCCUGGUGCCCAAGGAGGACCACAUCGGGGAGUUCCCGGCCAACUUCUGCGUCAAGAUCAGCGGAGUCUCAGCAGUUACCGGCGAGUCUCUGAUGAUCCGGACCUGCGUGCUGGAGAAUAUGGACUCCCAGUGUGGCGUGUUCAAGUUCGGAGACGAGCAACUCAAGGGCUGCAUCCUCACCUGCGAGUACGACGGCUGCAACCCCGCCUCCAGAAGCAGAGUGGUGCUGGGCCUUCUUCCCCUGCUGGCCACCACAAUACUCCUCCUUCGCUAAAAGUGGUUCCUUCUGCCUCUUUCUUUCUUUCUUUUCACUCAUCUUUAUCCUACCAUCUCGUCUCUCUUCACUGCAGCUGAAAGUGUCACUUCUGUCUUUAUCAGUCUCAAGUACAGAGGUCUAGUACUCACGUCUUUCCUUCCGAUGGCACAAAGUAAACUUAUAUUCAUUAUUUAGUUUAUGCCUUCCUGUUCACUACCUCCUCUUUGCUGCUGAGUGUUCACUACCUCCUGUUCACUACAUGGUGUUAAAUGCAACGUAGCCCUCUUACUUUUGUGAAUGUCUUAACAGUAAUAUUACAGCUCAGUACUUUGUCUUGAAAGAGAUGCUCCCGAUCCCUGUUUUGGACGUUUGUUUGACUUAAGGUUUCCAUCUUCGCUUUCUGAUUUCCACUGCAUCAGCAACGAAGGAAGUGAGAAUCAGACACCACUAUGGAGUCAAGAGCAAAAUUCAGUCACUGUAUGGUCAAGCUAAAGCCUGUCAACUUUGUAAAACCUUUAGGAAGAAGUUACUGUCACACACUAGCGGACUCAAACCUGACACAGGCUCCGUACACACCUCAUCAUGGAGGGGAUGAUCACUGAUCUUACCAAUCGCUAAUGUUCAUUUAACGUAAAGAAAAAAAAAAUACUAUAGACUAACCUGUUUGUAGAAUUCACAGCUGCAACAAAUUAAAGUUGGCGAUCAUCCCUUCCGAGAUGAAUAAAUUCACUAUUUCUGGUGCUCACCCCCUUAGUAUCUCGAGGGGUGAGGUGUGUGUGACGCCUGGCUCAGGUUUCAGUCGGAUCGCUGUCAACAUUGAUAUCAGUUAUAUCAGUGUUGUAGAAUCAAAAAUAACGUUUCUAUUAGAUAAAGUAUUUUACUUUUGUGUUGUGCGUUAUAUUGUAUAUAAUAUUUGAUAUUAUCGGUGGUAGAAUUGUUGCAAAAUCUAAGAGAAAAUUAUGUAAUGGUAAGAAUUAUAAUUUAGCAAUCCUUUAGAAUGGAAAGAACAAUUUGUUCUGCAUCCUGUCUUUUCUCAAAGUCCUCUAGAACAGCGGAGGCAAAAGGUGGUAGCUUUAUGAAUGUGCUUUGGAAUACGUUAUACUUUUCUACUUAAUAAUUAAUCAAUGAGUGUUGCUAUUUUAAAGCUUAUAAACGAAGACCUCAGU